AUGGAUUCGAAAGAUGACAAAGAUCUGACUAAUGAAGUCUUAUCUUUGAUGAAGGACAGCGGAAUCAGUCAGACUCUUCUUACCGGACUUGAGAGAGAUCCUGGGUUUCCUAGGUUUUGCACUGAAUGGGCUAAACAGAGAUGGAUAGAAAGAUCGAAGAUUUCUGAUCAAGAUCUGAUAUGAAAAUUGCAAAAUAAGAUAAAGACAUGUGAAGCAAAAAUUGGGAAGUGGAGUAAUCCUUUGAGAAGAGCAGUUAAUAAGUUCAUAGUGGAUGAAGAACAAAGUUAUAAUAUUAGUGUUUUGUUGAUAAAAUGUCUAACUUUGGAAACGAUUGGUGAUAAAAGUUUGAAAAAAUUGGCAUCUUACAUAGAUUUAUCAAAAGAUACUGAAGCAAGAUAUCUAGAAAUUUUCUCAAAGCACAAAUUGCCUUAUUUCAAAUAUAUCAUACUGACAACUUACACCAAGAAACAGAAAAUAAUGAAUAAAUUCAUGCAGCAUUCUUUUCCAUGUAGAGUUGGAAGUUUCUACUUAGAUAAUAGCUAUAUCGAUAGGAGUAAACCUAUAGUAGAAAAAAUUGGAAAGUACUUAAACGGAUUAAGACGAGUACUGCCAAGAGUUACCAAGAACUUCGAGAUCAGUGGAUUUGCAAUCACCAAGAGGCAACUCCAAACAAUAUUUUAUCUUUGCAGAUCUGUCAAAUGAUUGCGCUUUGGAUGAUGAAAAUUAGAUUUGGUAACUGUCCCUAACCUAGGCAGAUCAGUUAACGAUUACAAGAUUCAGGGUCUUGUCUUUGGGGGUUGAGGUGCGAUAGAUACUGGUAAUUGGAAUGAGUACCCAGAACACUUUGAACACUUAAUAAAGGGCCUAUCUCAAACUGAAUGGGCAUACUCAAGCUUAGGGAUGAUCAUGCUGAGUCAUAAAGAUAUUGACCGUCUUUAUAGCCAACAAAUAUUGAAAAAGUAUAAGCUUAAAUGUAUGAUUUAGGAUAAUUUUCAACUACAACUUUUCAGCCAGG